AUGCGCCUCGUCAGACCCAACCAAAGACCCAAAGACCCAACAGAGACCCAACAAAGACCCAACCGAGACCCAACCGAGACCCAACCAAAGACCCAACCGAGACCCAACCAAAGACCCAAACAAAGACCCAACCGACACCCAACCACAGACCCAACCAAGUCCCAACAGAGACCCAACCAAAGACCCAAAGACCCAACAGAGACCCAACCGAGACCCAACCAAAGACCCAAAGACCAACCAAAGACCCAACCAAAGACCACCAACCAACCAGACCCAAAACCAAAGACCCAAAGAGACCCAACCAAAGACCCAAAAAACCCAACCAAGACCCAACCGAGACCCAACCAAGACCCAACAGAGACCCAACCAAAGACCCAAAGACCCAACAAGAGACCCCAACCGAGACCCCAACCAAAGACCAACCCAACCAGACCAAGAGACAACCAACCCAAAGACCCAACCGAGACCCCCAAGAGACCAGACCAACCAAAGACCCAGACCAAAGAGACCCCCAAAACCGCCAAAGACCCAAAGACCCAAAAGACCCAGACCCAAAGACCCAACCGAGACCCAGACCCAAAGACCCAACCAAAACCCAAGAGACCCAACCAAAGACCAAAGACCCAACCAGAGACCCCAAAGACCCAACCGACCCAACCAAAGACCCAACCAAAGACCCAACCAACAAAGAGACCCAACCAAAGACCCAAAACCAAGAGACCCAAAGACCCCAAAAGACCCAACCGAGACAAAGACCCAACCGAGACCCAACCAAAGACCCAACAAAGACCCAACCGAGACCCAACCAAAGACCCAACCAAAGACCCAACCAAAGACCCAAAGACCCAACCAAAGACCCAACAAAGACCCAACCAAAGACCCAACCAAAGACCAACCAAAGACCCAACAAAGACCCAACCAAAGACCCAACCGAGACCCAACAAAGACCCGACAAACAUGGGAUGA